AAUGGGUACUUGCUCAAGUUAAACAAAAUAAAACAAGAAAAAUGUUUAACCAAAAAAAAUUUAAAAUGAACUUGAAACGAACCUAAAUUCUGGCUAAAAAUAACCAGUUUCCUUAAAAUAAGAAGAGAUAAUAUAAGACCCAAAAUAAUUGAAUUAAGAUGUUUAAGAAUAAGUGGAAAAAAAAGAGAAUGAUUGUAGCUAAGAAAACUUAAUUACAGAUGAUGAUGCAAUUAAAUAGUAUCUCAUAGGGGAAGAAAUGUCUGAGCUAGCUUUAUAAAAAGAAUACGAUUUGAUCUCCAAAAUCUAAAAUAAAAUAAGAUUUAAAGAUAAGUCACAAAUUGUAUCAGUAAUAAAUUCACUUUUUUUAUGGUUGAGUAUGAAUUGAUUUGACAUUUUUAGUUUAAAGGAAUUAGAAGAACCAAUUUAUCAGUUAGACAAAAAAUACCCUAGUGAAGUUCUCAAUAAUUUCUAACAAUUUUUACAGCUUUCAUUGAAGGAUCUUUUCGAGUUCAAUAUAAAUUAACUGAAAAAUGCAUCAAUUUUGUAAAAAAGCCUUGAAUUAUGUUGUCGAACUUAUCAUAUAUUAUAAAAUCUAGGAAAAAAAUCAAAGGCUUAGAAAAUAUAUACAGAAGUUAUAUAGGAUGAAGAAAUGAUAAUAAGUGAAGAGUUAAAAAAAUAAUACCUAAAAGUUUAAAGUGAAAUAAAACUGGAAAUAAUUCGAACAUUUUCUAAUAAGAAUGAUAUUUAAAAAUCUUAAUAAUAAUAAAACAAUCCUUUAGUUUUGAUGAAGUUUAAUACAAAACAUGCAAUUACUUUAGCAAAAUAAUAGACAUUAAAAUAAUAAGUAGAAGAGGAUGAGGACAGUUAAUUAUUAUAAUCACUUUAAGAUGCUUUAGAAUAUGAUAUAUAGAAUAGCUAAUAUGAUACGAGUAAUAUGAAGCCUAAAAAGAAGGCAAAUUGA